UUGUGCAGAGUUCUGGGUUUUGUUUGCAUUCUUGUUUGUCGCUUUGUGUUGGUUAUCUGUUUUUUCGUUUCGUCUUCGUCUUUCUUUCAAAAUAAUCAAAAAGGUACUUUUGCUGCGGCUCCUAGUUGCGAUGUAUGAUUAAGGAUUAAUUGAGCAGUGGCAAUCUGAAAUACUAUUACUCACGUUGAGUAUCUGGUGUACUCUAGAGAGCAGGGUAGAGUAGAGUCAUGAAUGCGAGAUAUUGCAGCUGGAGUGAUCAGCUCACGUUCUGGAUGCAACUCAGGACAAGCUCAGGACAAGCUCAGGACAAGCUCAGGACAAGCUCAGGACAAGCUCAGGACAAGCUCAGGAGACGAGGCACCACUAGCAGACUAUAAUCUCUACAUUAUUGCGAAUAGAAAGACAGCACAGAUACAAACGCGUACAGCACGCGUAGGCAAGACAAAGCGACGCUCUCAUAAUCAACUAUCAGCUACCAGCCACGCCCACACAGCUCACCAGCACCGUCGUAGUUCUACAUCUGCAGAAGAGGCCAGUGCCGGAAGUGUACACUCUUUCCCUCCUCAUCCCGACUCUCUGCAUCCGUCGAUAUGGUUCCGGGAAGCAUCACACCUGCUACAUUGUGUGGAAACUCCCAACCAGAUGCAGUUGCAGAUGCACUCGGCCGCUCUGCUCUUCUCUGCUUCUGCCGCUCUUUUUCUCUUAUUCUUCUUCUCUUUUUCUGUUCUUUUUCUUCUUUUCUUCUUCUUCUUGUUCUAUUUUUAAGAAUCACCGCCGCUCUCAGCGUAGACUUCCUCCUCCUCCUCUCGCUGCCCACGCGUCGCUUACCAGAAUAA